ACGAGCUACAUAAAAAUGACUUUGAAUGGCUUUGGACGACAACAGCCUCGGCAGCGGCCUCACAUUCGGCCUGUCGGUGCAGCCUGCCUUGUCUUAAUCGCCUUGUCGCUGCUCAGCGAGGCGCCCAUGAUGCCGCCAGUUGCGGCUCAACGUGACGAGAACUAUCCACCGCCAGCAAUACUGAAAAUGGCCAAACCCUUCCAUGAUUCCUGCGUGGAGAAAACUGGCGUCACCGAGGAGGCCAUUAAGGAGUUCAGCGAUGGCGAAAUCCAUGAGGAUGAAAAGCUCAAGUGCUAUAUGAAUUGUUUCUUUCACGAAAUUGAUGUGGUCGACGACAAAGGCGAUGUACAUCUGGAGAAAUUAUUUUACACAGUACCGAAUUCGAUUCGUGAAAAGUUGAUGCAAAUGUCAGAGAAUUGUAUUCAUCCGGAGGGUGAUACGUUGUGUCACAAGGCCUGGUGGUUCCAUCAAUGCUGGAAGAAAGCCGAUCCCAAGCACUACUUUUUGCCUUGAACUGUGGACCGUGGAUGCAAACAUUAAUUCCCUUACCGAUUGACAACCUUUGUGUAUUGUAGCUUAAGUGUCGUUGUAUUAUAAUAUAUGUAGAUGGGGCCUCAUGCAAGUUAAA